AUGAAUCCUAAAUGCAAAGACAAUUCCCUCAUAUGUCUCAAGUGCAAAUCACAACAUGAGCAACAUCCUAAUUAUGUCUUUACGCUCCUACAAAUACAAGACUUUUUACAAAGAAAUAUUCAAAUCAACAAGGCCAUUAAUAAUCCAUUGACUCAAGAAAUCCUGGAUCAUUUUGUCAAAUACAAAUAAGAAUUAAUAAGAAGAGUGGACAAUAUUGAGAAAUAACUCUAAGAUUCCAUUGCUUUGCUCAAUGAAAAUAAUUCAAUAAAGGAAAUUUACAAUUAAUGUGUCAAUCUGAAAACCUAAUUGAAUUAUGAAGCCUUCAAAAAAGUUGUUGAGAAAUUACAUGACAAUUGCACUUUUGAUUUAAAUCUGUAAAAACUUUAAAGUAAUGAACUAUUGUAAAAGUAUGACACUGCAAAACCUUAGAUGAUUAUGGCGAUCAAUUCACUUUAGAAAUUAGUGUAAUCUAUUUAAUAAACAUUUGAAAUUAAAAAAGAACCAACAAGCAAUAAAUCAAGCUAAAAUAAAUUAGUUUAAAUAAUCAAAAGAUAUGAAUAGGUUGCAAAAGAUAGCGAUGGAUCCUUAACCAUUAAACCUUUGAAAAUGAAUAAAAUGUUUGUCUGUAAUUUUCUUGUCGAAUAAACCUGUGAAUUAAUUGGUUUCUAUCAACCUUUCCUCUACAAGAAUAAAGACAUUGAUUAUCAAUAAUAACCACUAAAAUGCCUCUAUAAGAUUCAUUUAGGCUAUGAUCUAACCAUAAGAGCCUAUGAAUUUUAAGCUAUAAUAAAUCACAAUGCAUUAGAGAAACCCAUUCCUUAUUGCUAUUACAUUAAAUUACCUGAAUAGUUCAGAUUGAUUUCAGGACAAGUAUUCACAAUCAGUUUAACAAUAUUGGAUACACAAUCUUAUAGUGUUUCUUUUUAAAAACUGACUGAUAAUAAUCAAUACUUGAAGUUUUAAUUUCCAAAAUUUAACCAAUAUUUACUUCCUAAAGAAAUCAAAGAAAUUGAUGAUUAUGGGUACUUUCCCUGUUUUUAAUUGAUUUGA